UUUGAGAUUGUCACGGGAUAUUUUUUUAAUUAAGUUAUUUUUAGUUGUAGGUUAUAUUGGUAGUUUAUUUUCAACACGCCGCCUCAUUAAUCCUUUAACUUCGCCGGCCAUCACUAGUAUUUCUUAUAGACAUCCCAAGAUUGUUGAUAAACUCUAUCAUCGGCCCAAAAAAGAAUGGUCUACUUCGUGGUCCAGUUUGGACAACGACGUUAUCUAUGGAAGGAACAAGUUAACGAAGUUAACUGUAUCUCAAUCACUUACCGUGAACACUUUAUACCUCACAUUGCAAACGAGGAUAUAUUACAUCAACAUAUACCACGGUGUUGUGUUCCUAUUUUGAAACCUUGUGAAGGUUGUUCUAAGCACACGCCGUAUUAUCGUGAUCUAAGGCCAAUAUGCGUUGUUGUUACCGCAACCCACCAACUUUACAAAAUAGAUGUACAUGGAAAAUCAUUCAAACCCAAACUUAACAUUUCAAAUUUACCGAAAAACUGUGUUUUUCCACAACGAUCUUUGUUUAGUUUAAGGAUCAGUGCUUUUAAUAUUUUUACUAUUAAUUCUAGACGCGCUGGGUCAGCAGCUGUACCAGCUAUUGAUAUAAAUACAACUUCGGCGAACGCUCCUUCAGCUUCAUGUUCACGAACGAAGCAUAUUAUCUCAAGAUAUCAGUCGAUAUCUAAUUGGAGAUCUUGACACUAUUACUAAACUUAUUACUUUAUCGGAA